AAAAUAUAUAUCGAUAUAUUCAAAAUAUCGAUGUUUUCCCUUCAAUAUAUCGAAUGUAUCGAUAUGUUAUUUCGAUAUAUCAUGAUUCGAUAUAUCGAUAUAUUUUUUAAUUUUGCCAUCCCUAGUUUUGACAGAUGUAUGAAAUUCUCUGCACAGAAUUCUCUGGUAAUAAAUCAAAAUCUGUGCGCCACCUGUGUUUCAUGCGUUCCGUCCCGCAUUCCCUCAUAUUCGGUCCUCAGGUUGAAGGCAGUGUCCAAAGUCCAAGCUUCGAGUCCCACACAUACAUACCACAUCAUGUUCAAAUAAAGGUUGAACAGACGAUAGAUCGCUUGAAACAAAACAUACCGGCAUCUGUCGUAGUUGUACCGUCAUCGCUAGAAAAACUCGUGUCAUAA